AUGGGUGGCAAAAAACGAAGUGCAUCUGGUAUUAAACUUGCUCCACCAUUGCAUCACGCCAUCAUUGUUGGCGAGAAGCACACCGACCACAAGACGUGCUUCACUAUCCAAGUCUUCCCACAACAAUCCGAUCUUCGCUUUGUACAUGGUAACCUCGUCUCAUCGAAACGAACACCAACACGCCAUCCAUACACAAUUACUCGCAAAUACGACGACUUUGUCCAAUUUUGUCAACAGCUGCAUGAUUCUUUUCCUGCAUCAGAGCGUUCCAUUACCAACCUUACCAGCCGCGCUGGUACGCGGUUGCUUCAAAGCCACACGUACGAUGUUGCUAUUGCACUUCCAAAGCUCAACACUAAGCGAUUGAAUUUACUACACAACAAAAGACAAGUGCAACUUCAACGUCGCAUUGAACUCGACAAAUUCAUGGAAGCAUUGUUUCGGCUUCCUGCAUCCAUAUCGCAAUCCUUGGUGGUACUUGAAUUUUUUGGACAACAAAAGGGAGACACGGCAGAGCAAGUGCUUCGACAUCAACAACAACAAAAGCAGCAUCGCACCAUUAGUGGUGGUGAGCCAUCACGAUUGACUCGAUCACAAUCAUCAAAUGUCGAAGAUCAAGGCGCAUUUGGUUCAGCUCUACGCAAGUCAGCAUCACAUCCUGAGUUGGUUCAAGAUAAUAUGGAUCCACUUGUACAUCCAUUGGACAUGCCAACCUCGCCCGUUAUUCAAGAAGAGUCAACAUCACCAUUAUGGAAACGUUUUCGUAACCGUAAUGUACGACCACCAACAUCAGCAGCAGUGCCACCACCACCACCACCUGCACCUGCACCACAAUCAACAACAUCCUCGUCAAGCUUGACAAGUUUGUGUAGCCAAGCUGCAAGCAUGAUUAUGCCUUGGGCUGGUCGUCCACAACAACACCCACUCUCUUCACAACAACAUAUGCGACGUGUAUCACCACCCAAUGCAGCAUUACCAUCACCUGCAAGGCCAUUGCCUUCCUUGUCAACACCAGUGCCACGUCCACCUAUGCAACAGCAACAACAGCAACAUCCUCGUCGACCACGUAAAAAGUCUUCUGGAUCAGCAAGCUGUUCAUAUCACUACUGCUCACAUGCACCAACACCACCUUUGCCGAUUCCUCAGCGUACUACAGCAGCAGCAGCUGGCAUGGUGACCAGCAGUAGCAUCGUUAGCAGCACAUCUACAAGCUCCAGUUACAGCCAUGAUAGCCAAAGCACACGUGCUACCAGCGUUGCACCAAGUCCAAGCACAUCGCCCACUUUACGCAUGAUAAAGUUUAAGAUUGUCUACGACGUUGACAAUAUUAUUGUCAUUCAAGUGCCUCGCUCAGUAACCUUGACGGAAUUACGAUCUCGUAUUAUGCAAAAGUUCUCUGACCCAGAUAUCAAAUUGCCAAGUGAUUUCACGUUGCUAUUCAAUGAUACACGAUCGUCGGCUUCAUCCAACACGAGUGCUGCUUCUUCCAUGUCCGUUUCCAGUGGUACCGCCACCAUGAUCGACAAGGAGGAUGAUCUACGCACUGCCAUGGGAUCCAUGUGGGUGCGUCUUGACAAGGUCACCCUUCGUUGCAUUGCAUAA